GAACAGACUUAUAUAUUGUGACAGAGAAGUCUGUGGUUAUGACUUUAUUUUUUAACGUGUUUGUUUGUUGAUAAUUUGUAUUCGAUAUUCGAUCGUGAACCUGCGAUCUGAGCAAGUGCAACAGAUAUCGAAUGACAAAUUUUUAACCUUUGGAAUGUUAUUAUUUUAAUUGGGCCAAUGGUUUAGCGAUCAAAAUACAGGUAGACUGUGCGAGUUUGGAGUUGUUUUUUUGGGCCGGUCUUUGUUCAAUCAAAUGUAUCGAUUGAAAAAUGAACUGAAUCCGGGAUUCCGUUUAAGGAACGUAACCACGAACUUGGCUUAGAUGGGUAUACGCACUGCGGGGAUCGAUCAUAUAUUGUUUGGAAAAACUACAAGAGAUACUACAAUAAAGAUCACUACUGUAAAAAAAAAGGAGAACGCUUAGUAUACAUAGAAGAGUGUGUACUCACAAAAAUUGUAUAAGCGUUUGAGGCACGUUAAUAUCAUAUAAAAAAGUUUUUUUUUAUCAAUAACUUUUCCUAGUGCCAAAUGUCACUUCAUUAGUCAAACUUUAAUUCAGUACUUAAAAAGGAAUUGAAUAAACAAAAUUUGUUUAAAUCUAAGUUGAAGAAGGAUAUUAAUAAACAAUUAUGGACAACAAACUCUUGCCAAUUUUACUUUUGUUGCUUUUUACUAUAGUAAUUAACUUUUCUUUUCAUCGUAUUGAAGAAGGUUAUGUUGGAGUAUACUUUAGGGGUGGUGCUUUGUUACCUCAAGUGAGUAAUCCGGGAUUUCACAUGAUGAUACCACUGCUGACCACAUUUCGUACAGUUCAGGUAACUCUUCAGACAGAUGAAGUAAAGAAUGUUCCAUGUGGAACCAGUGGUGGCGUAAUGAUUUAUUUUGAUCGUAUUGAAGUUGUGAAUAUAUUAGAUGCAAAUAAUGUCUAUAAUAUAGUAAGAAAUUUUACAGUGGAUUACGAUCGUACAUUAAUAUUUAACAAAGUUCAUCACAUACUGAAUCAAUUUUGUUCUGUACAUACGUUACAUGAAGUGUACAUUGAUUUGUUUGAUCAAAUUGAUGAGAAUCUGGAAACUGCACUUGAAAAAGAUCUAAUUGAAUUAGCACCUGGUCUUAGUGUACAAGCUGUAAGAGUGACAAAGCCGAGAAUUCCCGAAGCAAUUAGACAAAAUUACGAAUUAAUGGAAGCGGAGAAAACAAAACUGUUGAUAUCCAUACAACAUCAGAAAGUGGUGGAAAAAGAUGCCGAGAUCGAACGCAAAAAGGCCAUCAUUGAAGCCGAAAAGGAAGCGCAGGUCGCAACGAUUCAGUACAAUCAAAAGAUUAUGGAAAAAGAAUCUCUGCAGCGAAUAGCAGUGAUAGAAGACGAGAUGCAUUUAGCGAGACAGAAGAGUCAGUCCGACGCUGAAUUUUAUAAAAUGAAAUUGCAAGCCGAGGCAAACAAGUUACUCUUAAAUAAAGAAUUCUUAGAGCUCAAGAAAUACGAGGCCUUAGCAAAGAAUGCUAAGAUAUAUUACGGGCAAGACAUUCCACAAAUGUUCGUACAAGGAGGUUGUUCGAGUGAUUUCAAUUCCCCCCGCAAUAGUGUAUGAAUACCUGAAGAAAACCAAAAAUGAACAGUAAUUAAUUUUAGGCGUUUUUUGUAACUUGUACCUUAUUUUUGUAUCUGAUAAAACAAAGUGAAGUAAUUAUUAGCUUCUUUUUGCAUAUUCCUAUUUUUCAAAACAAAAAAUAAUUAUCUCUAUUUAAAACUCAUGUUUAAAAUAGUUAUUAAAACGAAACGUUGCUCGAAUUGUUGUUAACUACUGAACCAAGAAGUGAGACCGUUUGUCCAAGAGGCCAUACGUGUUAUUGUGAUAAUAAUGUUGAACGAUGCUUCAUCGCGUUCACCAUGCGUGUCAUUAGUUGCGGACAACAGGAGGAAAUCCUAUUAGAAGCGAUA